UUUUAUCUACGCGUCGGGGGCGGUGGCGGGGCGAACGAACGCUCGUUCGUCGUUAGCGCAGACACAGACGUCCCCCUUUUACCUCUAGCUGUAUUACUCUCUGAAGCAGAUUCUUCGAAUUUGACGCGUUGCAAUUAUUGCUUCUUCUUCUGGCCUGUUCGCUCCCGAAUUCGAAGAAAUUUCCUUUCCCGUUCGCUGGGAAAGCUCCGCGUUCCUGAUUCCUGAGGCCGGCCCUAUCUCCUCUGGUAUAGAAUUGUGCGGCGGGUGGCUGUAUUUGUAUGCACGCUGUUGAUGAUUCGCUAAAAGGUGUGCAGGCCGGAAGAACGAUGGAAUCCCUUGGACAACCGGUCUCUUUAGCAUCUUCAUCUUCUUCUUCUUCUUCUUCUUCUUCCACUCGUAUUCCUGAUUCUCAGGUUGAUGCCGACUCGUACGUAUCAGGAAUUCAUGAGAAGCAUCUGCAGGAGUUACAAAAUCUGACAUUGAUGACACAGCCCUUGAGGACCUUAAAAUAUUUUGCUUUGGCUGUUCUCCAAUGUCUUCAACAACCAUUUCUGGGUAUCUUUAGAAAGCGCAGUUUCCUUGUGGUUUUGAACAUUUUGGCAGUGGGUAUUGCUAUAGCAGUUACAACUAUUGGAAGACCUGAUGAAGAGCAUGUUAAGGAGUUCUUUCGUUAUCUCCGUUUUGGACUAUGGUGGUUAGCCCUUGGUGUGGCAUCUUCAAUUGGUUUGGGAUCUGGUUUACACACAUUUGUUUUGUAUUUGGGGCCACACAUUGCCCUAUUUACCAUUAAGGCUGUGCAUUGUGGGCGGGUUGAUCUUAAAAUGGCACCAUAUGAUACAAUCCAACUGAAAAGUGGUCCAUCAUGGCUGGACAGAGACUGCGACAAGUUUGGACCACCAUUGUAUGAAUCACAGGUUCCAUUUAGUAGCAUACUGGCACAGGUUCAGUUGGAGGCUGUUAUUUGGGGAAUUGGAACUGCACUUGGAGAGCUUCCUCCCUACUUCAUAUCUAGGGCUGCUAGUUUAUCAGGCAGCACACCCACAGUUGUGGAAGAUAUGGAUUCCUCCUCUAAAGAAGACAACGGCAUCUUAGCUAAUCACAUAAAGCAAAUCAAACAAUGGCUCCUUUCACACUCUCAACAUCUGAACUGUUUUACAAUUUUGGUUCUUGCUUCGGUGCCUAAUCCGCUAUUUGAUCUUGCCGGCAUCAUGUGUGGACAACUUGGCAUCCCGUUUUGGAAGUUCUUUUUGGCUACACUUGCAGGAAAGGCAAUUAUCAAGACUCACAUACAGACAGUUUUUAUCAUCUUGCUUUUCAACAAUCAACUCCUCGACAUGGUAGAAAAUCAGUUGGUUAGAGUGUUCAGUCUUGUUCCGGGACUUUCUUUUAUUCUGCCCAACCUCAUUCGAAAACUGCAUACUGUGAAAGAGAAGUAUAUGACGGCCUCUCCUUCAACUCCCUCUAACAUGAAGAAGGUGAAGAACUGGAACUUGUCAUUUGCUUCCGUUUGGAACACCGUAGUGUGGCUCAUGCUUCUAAACUUCUCCAUGAAGAUAGUAACAGCAACUGCCCAGAGCUUUCUGAAGGAACUACAGAAAAAGGAAUUGGCCUCGUUAGCAAGCAGUUCGCCUACUUCGCAAACAUUAGGCGAUACCAGCCAAGCUGUUGAUUAAGUUCCCCGACUUCACCUGCAACUCAUUUUGGUUGCUAUCCCUGAAAAUUGAUUUCUAGUGGUAGAAAUAUUAGCGCAAUUGUGUUGAUUGGGGGCUCCAAUGUUCUCUCUCUCAUUAGCCUCCGCGUCAUUUAGUAUAUACGAAACAUAUAAGUAGAUGGAGGGGGAAGAUGAAGGUCUUUUCCAUCAUUUAGUUGGCUGGUUUAGGGUAGGCUUUGGUACCCAUCUUACAUCUUGUCGAUGGGAAGUAGCUAGAUGUUUGUAUAAUUAUCACUGACGUGUCUACUUGUGCUCAGAAGAGGUUUUAAUAUUUUGGUUGCUAGCUCCA